CUCGGACUUGGAUUUUUUUCUUUCCAGCUCUGGCCAAGGCCCGGUCGCCGCCCACCCUUGGCUCCAAGCGGCAUCGUGGGUGAGGAUGCCCUGCAAGUGAGCCCUCCUCCCCGCAAUGGACCAAUUAACCGCCCAGGUACGAAGCAUUGGGGACAGCGACAAGCAAAUGGGAGUCCAUCCGGCAGCCGGUCAAGCGGAUCCGCCGCGAACCGAAUGGUGCCCUGAUUCGAUUCGCGCUGGAUCAGAGCGAGAUGACCAGCUGCGAGCAACCCCGUCUCUCGAAUCUGGUCUGGGGCAUCAGACAACAAUGACGGCUGACGUCUCCCAAUGCGACCUCUCUGUGACAACGGCAGGCAACGAUAAUGGCUUGCCGUUACGCAGAUUCGGCAGUUGACGAAGCCUUGGGGAACUUGCUUUGAUCCUCGAGCCUGUCUCAACAGUGACAAGGGGUUACCCACCUCUCAGUGGCUUUAUCGUCAUGGUGUGCUAAUGAUGCCUCCUGUUCGCUCGUCGCGAACUUGAGGUUCUACCGACACGUGAUACUGGCAGCCAGAACAGCGAGACCUGAUGGCUUCCAGAGGCGCGCCUUCUCGCGCAGUUGACCCACGGGACGAAUCAACUAGCCGCCACAAUCAGCCUCUCUAUCUAUCCAAUCCACCGGCCCUUGCCUGGAUCUCGACGUUGAGAAGCGCCAUCGUCACCGUACUUUCUUGGCCGUGGAUUGUGUCGUCAAGACAUGUUGAUGAUUCGGCUCCGCCUGAGACCCCAGUUAACCUGACAGUUCACGUUGAACAGCGGCUACAGGGCAGUGCAGCGCCGGAGGGAUUCGUUACAAUGCCCGAAGACACCCAAUGUUCAUUGCAGCCUUUGGGAGAGUGACUUUCCAUGUGAGCAACCAGUCAGUCUGACCAUACAUAAUAUCACAAGUUGUGGGCUUCUGCAUGCUCUUGGGGUUCAGACUUCAGAGAUAAAAGCUCAAGCAAAGGCUGGUGAGAGACGUCGAAGCCGUCGUGUCUUGGCCUCGACAAGCCUGACAGGAUCUGUUCUUGGCUGUGCUCAAUAUCGUCUCGCAUUCUAGGAGCCGCCAGCUAUGCAUGAGUCGCAUUUGCAUUAGCACGCAGUCGCGGCCGUCGCCGCUGGCGCCAGGUUCCACUUCCUUUUGGCACGACCCGGACCAAAGCCCGACCCCUGACAACCAUCACCGCUUCGCCUAUCACGACCUUGCUAUGCUGACUUCAAUGACACCUUGCUGCGCCGAGCUGUGCCACCAGUUCGGAAACCCCUGUCACAUGGCAUGAGGGCCUCGACUUGGAGCUGAGCACCCACCGCGUGAUGGCUGCCGUUCUGCUCGUCGAGCAUCUGCUGUCGCCUCAUUUCUGAACACAUUUUGCUUACCACUGUUGGCUUAGCUCCUUCGCAUUCACACGCGAGGUGCCCAUGUCGACAACGUGCGAUUGAGCCCCUGCCGCUUCGGCUAUGCGGACAAUUUGCCAACGCACGCACGUAGUGUCCUCCACUCCACGUUGAGGUUUCUUCCGCAGGGUCAUGGGAUUGACGCUCGGAGUCUGGAUGAAUGGUACGCCCAGACCCAAGGCUACGGCUCGCCACACCGUCGACGAUGGCCUAGCCCAGCGUGACGGAGCCCGGCUCACCGUCGGCGGCCCCAUUUCACGGGUUGAAUAUAUGGUCAUGAUGCCCUCGCCGCCGGCACGGACCCCUCGGUCUUGCUCCUCACCUCCAGCCUGGAGCCUCACAUUCGCUCAGAGCGACUCCAGUCUUCGUGGUUCGCGGUCUUGUUGCACCCUCGAUGCCCCGAUUCGUGAUCAUGACGCUCUCCAAGGCUUCGUCUUUCUUGUCGCUCGUUUUCCUCUUUUGGCUGGCCCCUUGCCAUGCCGCUGUUCCACAGAAACGCGCGCUGACACCUCCUGCUGGAUUUGACAAUGGCUGGAACUACCAGGGUUGUUAUGUGGACGUCGGCCGUACGAUCAACGGCGCCGCGACAGCAGAUGCCACCAUGACCAACGCCAAAUGCGUGCAAUUCUGUUACGCAAAGGGCUUUCCAUAUGCGGGAACAGAGUACAACACUGAGUGCUACUGCGGCGACAAACUGGCGACAGGUGGCGUCAAGGCCGCGGAAGGUGAUUGUAGCACGCCAUGCGGUGGUGACGCAACUCAGCCCUGCGGUGGGCAGGGUCGUCUCACUUUAUAUUUCACGAGCAUGAUUCAGGGACCGGUGGUAAACCCUGGGGUGGAUGAAUGGGUCUCGAUCGGCUGCUAUUCUGAAGGCACGACGGGCCGUACACUGACGCAAGGAGUUGGAACUAUUCCCAACGCCCAGAUGACGGUGGCGAAAUGCGCGGCAGCUUGCAAAGCUGGUUCUUACACUUUCGCAGGCGUCGAAUACGCUGGCGAGUGCUACUGUGGCAACAAGAUCUCCAAUGGAGGACAGCCUGCAGAUAGCGGCUGCAACAUGCCUUGCAAUGGCAACAGCUCUGAAUACUGCGGCGGUUCGGGCCGCUUGAACGUAUAUCAGAUCCCCACGAGCACCACUACUGGCGGCACCGGAACAGCCACGCCGACUCCGACUCCGUCCAACUGCCCCGGCCAGCCGGCGAAGGUGGGCGCGUGGACGUCGUACGGCUGUUACACGGAGGCCACUAACAUGCGGGCUCUCUCAGCCAAGACGACGGCGAGCGACGAGAUGACGCUUGAAACGUGCGCCGCCUUCUGCGCGGGCUACUCGUAUUUCGGCGUGGAGUACUCCCGCGAGUGCUACUGCGGCAACAAAUUCAAUGCGGGUGCCACGCAGCGGCCGGGCUCAGAGUGCAACAUGAUCUGCUCAGGCUUCAGCUGCGAGUACUGUGGGGCUAGUAGCCGUUUGUCCGUCUACACCCUGGGGGGUGGUGUCGAUCCUAGCAGCACAACAUCUGGUAUUCCUUCUUCCACUACCACAGGGGACCCCCAGCAGACGGGCCUCCCGGAGGGUUGGCAGCCUUAUGGCUGCUGGGUUGAUGGGGUGAACGGACGUAUUCUUAAUUACCAGGCCCCCGACAACCCAGACUUGACUCUCCAGUCCUGCGCGAAGACCUGUGCCGACCAGGGAUACACCAUCGCCGGCGCAGAGUAUCACACGCAGUGUUUCUGCGGCAAACAGAUCGUCAACGGCGGCGUCAAGGCCACCUCUGAUACAGAGUGCAACACCCCUUGCGGUGGUGAUAGCUCGCAGAACUGCGGCGGCCCAGGCAGGAUGAGUAUCAUUUCGAGGGGGCCGCCCCAGGUCCUCCAACCUCCGGCUCCUAUCCCCAACGUCGGUAACUGGACGUACAAGGGCUGCUACGAGGACAAUGUCAACCAGAAGCGCACUUUCUUCUGGCAAAACUUCUUCCAGGACAACAUGACCCCCAAGGCCUGCCUCGACCGCUGUGGCGACUUUGGAUACAUGGCCGCGGGCAUGGAGUACGGCAAGGAGUGCUACUGCGGCGACCCGGCCAACAUCCAGACCGCCGGUUCGACCAAGGUCGACGACAAGCAGUGCAACGUGCCCUGCUCCGGCAACGCGUCGGCUAUUUGCGGUGGUGGAAGUCGUCUGACUACCUACUUCUGGGAAGGCGACCCCUUUUAUCAGUGGUCGUUCCCGGAGAAGGGCACAGCAGAGGCCGGGUCCUACGACUUCCUCAUCGGCGGCGUCUGCAUCCCUCUCAUGACAUCACAAGCCGUCAAUGGCAAGGUGACCUUCCUGGAGAAAUGGGGCACCGGCCCGCCAAACUCGACAGGAGCAUACGAACUGGACCUCUCGCUGCUCAACGACUUCAGCGCCGCCUGGCGCCCCAUGCAUGUCAAGACAGACAUUUUUUGCGCAGGCGGCGUGACUUUACCUGACAAGGCCGGCCGGCAGCUCACGGUCGGUGGAUGGUCUGGCGACUCGACUUACGGUGUUCGGCUGUAUACUCCGGAUGGCUCUCCUGGUGUCCCAGGCAAGAACGACUGGCAGGAAAAUGUCAAUGUGCUUAAGCUCCAGGAUGGCCGAUGGUACCCAUCCACGAUGAACAUGGCCAACGGCUCCAUCCUUGUUAUCGGUGGUGAGCAAGGCUCCAACGGCGCUCCCGUGCCCACGCUGGAGAUCUUGCCGUCCACUGGCACGAAGCCAUUGUACAUGGACUGGCUCCAACGGACUGACCCGAACAAUCUGUAUCCCUUUGCCUGUGUCCUCCCGUCAGGCGGCAUCUUCGUUGCUUACUGGAACGAGGCUCGCAUCUUGGACGAGAAUAACUUUGCAACGAUCAAGACAUUGCCUAACAUCCCCGGUGCAGUCAACGACCCGAAGGGCGGACGCACGUAUCCCCUCGAGGGCACUGCCGUCUUGUUACCCCAGCACGCCCCGUACAGCGAUCCUCUUGGAGUCCUGAUCUGCGGUGGCUCGACGGAAGGCCCAAGCAACGCACUGGACAACUGCGUCAGCACUUACCCCGAUGCCGCAAGCCCUAAGUGGGUAUUGGAGCGGAUGCCUUCACCUCGUGUCAUGUCAUGCAUAGCGCCUCUCCCCGAUGGCACGUAUAUCAUUCUCAAUGGUGCUCAGCAUGGCGUCGCAGGUUUUGGCCUCGGAUCCAACCCCAACCUCAACGCCUUGCACUACGACCCGACAAAACCUAUUGGACAGCGCAUUACCAUCAUGGCCAACACCACAGUGGCCCGUCUGUACCACUCCGAGGCCAUCACACUACUUGAUGGCCGCGUUCUGGUGUCCGGCUCCGACCCCCAGGAUGGCGUGAACCCCCAGGAAUAUCGAGUCGAGACGUUCACGCCUCCGUAUCUGCUCAGGGAUAAGCCUCGCCCGACUUUCAAGGUGUCUAAUACCGACUGGACAUAUGGCCAGAAGGUGACGUUCACGUUGGGUGCCGCUGCACGCAACGGUGCCAUAACUGCAUCGUUACUCGGCUCCGUCUCGAGCACUCACGGAAACUCGAUGGGCGCGCGGACGCUCUUCCCAGAGAUGUCGUGUGACGGCACGUCCUGCACAGUGACGGCUCCGCCAGGAAAGUACAUUGCCCCUCCUGGCUGGUACCAGUUUUUCGUCCUGGAUGGAGGCAUCCCUGCCGUCGGCGUCUUUGUCCGCAUCGGUGGUGAUCCGGCCCAAGUAGGCAACUGGCCCAAGGGUGAUGGCUUCACUACUCCGGGUGUCUGAGACGAUUCGGUCAUAAAAACAUGCUACGUGUAGGUGUGUAUACGCACGGAAAAACCAAUAUGUCAUAAAGAUUGAACGGAAGUCAGCCCAGAUAUAUAGAAACGUAUGAAUGGUGCCUCGGUGGACUGCGCUCCUACACUUCUCAACUGCACAAUCGAGUGACAUUUAGUUCGAUAUGUAAAUAAUAGAUAAUGUUCACAGCGGAAAGCCUGAACGAGAAAG